UUCUAUUAAAUUCCGACAUCUUACGAGCUGCUUCCCUGAAACCGAGCUCCGGUGAGAUCGAGGAGGCGAAAGGAAAGAGGGCAGCGCGUAAUCUGUACUCUAGACCAGAACCGAAAGGAGGGCCAGGGAGGAGGAAAGGAAGAGGAGAUGGGAAGGUCCUCGACUUCCUGCUUCAAGAUCAUCGGCUGUGGUGCCGGGGAUGCCAUCGACGACGACGAGCUCGUAGUGGAUGAGACAAAAGCUUUGGCGGACAAGCGUAGGUGGAGUUUCCGCAAGAGAUCAUCCAAGCAUCAAGUGCUUAACGAUAGUGUUAUCUCAGAACCUAUAUCUGUUUGCUCUAGCAAACAAAGCCAAGAAGCAUUGACCACUAAUCUCCACUCAUCAAAAUAUAACUUGCUAGAAAACCUGCCAGUGCAAGAGAAACCAGUUAAAAUGUGCCCUAUACCAUCAGAUGGAGUAAAUUCAGAGGCUCCAUCAUCUCUUUCUAACAGAAUUCUAACUCCAGCUAUCUCUUCUCUGAAUGAACCUGAUUUGAUUACUCUUCAGGCUGCUAUAAGGGGUUAUUUGGCUAGGAAAUUACUCCAUAAGUUUAAGAGUGUUGUCAAGUUGCAAGCAGUUGUGCGUGGACAUCUAGUAAGAAGACAGGCUAUUGGAACGUUGCGGUGUAUCAUAGCCAUAAUAAGAAUGCAGGCAUUUGUAAAGGCUCGUCAUUCUCGUCAAUUAAUUGGAAACAUACCUACCUCAAGAGAUGCCAAAUUCGAGGGAGCCAAAGCUUCUUCUGAGAAUUCGAAUAAAACAGCAAUAAAGGAUUUACUUUCAAAUAGCUUUGCUCGCCAGCUUUUGGAGAUCACACCAACUACAAAAAUCAUGUACAUAAAAUGUGUUCCCUCAAAGUCUGAUUCAGUUUGGAAGUGGUUAGAAAGAUGGAUGGUUAUAACAUCUCCAGGAGUAGGCCAACAUGAACAAAAUGCCAACUCAAGUAAUUUGGAACCAGAGACUGAUGAUAAAGUGGUAGAUAGUGAGCAGGAGAAAGAGAUUCCAGGCACUGUUUUCUCAGUUCUAUCUGAUCCUAAGUUGUCUUCAACACAAUUGUCAAUCAAUGAUGAUAGUAACAGUAGUGCAACCACUGAAAAUACUGAGAACUUUGAGUUACAAACUUUAGUGAUUACUUCAGAUGAUUCUAUCAAAUGGUUGCCAAAUGAUGAUGUUGAAAAUCUAGAGCUCAGAAAUGAGGUUUUCAACACUAGCACUGAAGAUUGUACAAACACUGAGAUGGUGAAUGACAGUCCAGCUUCUGUAUCAGACUCCAAAGCAUUGCAUCCAAACUUGAGCUCUGAAAUACUAGUUGAUACUGUGUCUGACAAGCUUGAAUCCACGAAGGACACAUCCAAUCAUAUAACUGAAAGUGAAUUAUCUGAACCACUCAAGAAAGAAGGGAAGAAAUCUGUAAAUGUUUCCAAAAGAUCUAGUAUAAACACUGAGAUUGCGAGUCCAGCUUCCAUAUCAGAUUCCAAAGCAUUGCAUCCAAACUUAAGCUCUGAAAUACUAGUUGAUACUGUGUCUGACAAGCUUGAAUCCACGAAGGACACAUCCAAUCAUAUAACUGAAAGUGAAUUAUCUGAACCAAUCGAGAAAGAAGGGAAGAAAUCUGUAAAUGUUUCCAAAAGAUCUAGUAUAAACACUGAGAUUGCAAGUCCAGCUUCCGUAUCAGAUUCCAAAGCAUUGCAACCAAACUUAAGCUCGGAAAUACUAGCUGAGACUGUAUUUGACGAGCUUGAAUGCACAAAGGAUGGAUCCAAUCAUACAACUGAAAGUGAAUUAUCUGAAUCAAUUGAGAGAGAAGGGAAGAAAUCUGCAACUGUUUCCAAAAAAUCAUGCAGCCCUGCAUUUAUUGCUGCCCAUUCUAAGUUUGAAGAAUUGAGUUUGAUAUCUACUGUUGCUCGCAAUGCUAGUUCAGGUAAUCUAAAUGUAUCAAAAGUGAAAACUGAGAGCAAUAACUCACAGGUGGACUCUUUUACUGGCAAUACUGAGGCAAUUUUAGCAGAGAACUCAAUGUUCCAUGAUUCGAGGAUUCAGGCUGCAACUUCAGAAUGUGGUACCAUCUCUUCCACUUUCGAUUCUCUGGAGAAAUCUGAAAAUUACGGUGGGAAAAUUGUUCUUGAAAUUGGGGCGCUGGAGGAACAGAACCAUGCUGAGAAAACUGUUAAUCUCCCAAAUUUGGAUAGCAGUGUUAAUAACUCUACCUUCAACUCUGAUAUAAAUGAAGCAAAAAGACCUGAUGGAGUGGAGCAGACUAUAGCUGACUUAGAUGUUUCACCUAGCUUUUUACAGGUUCAUCAAAAAGCAUCUGAGCCAAUUAUUUCAGAUUUGCAGAGCCAUCUGGAAGAAACAAAACAACUUAGGUCACCUGAAGGAAUUGGCAGAACUCAUGCAUCGGUGCCUGAUCCACAUGGCACGCCAUCUAGUGACAUUUCUGUGAGUUCCAGUAAGAGUAAGAAGGAUCAUAGCAAGCCUACUCAUAGGCAAAGAUCUCAUUUGGCAGUUAAAAAGUCACCAUCCGACCCAGAUAAUGAUUCAGUUGGAAGAAAUAGCACAGAAAACUUAUUGAAGGAUGCAAAAAAUCCAAAGAGGCGCAACUCCUUUGGGAUGGCAAAGAUGGAUCUUGUUGAUCAGGAGCCCAGGCUCAUUAAUAGCAGUUCGCUUCCAGGUUAUAUGCAGGCCACUGCAUCUGCUAGAGCUAAAGCUCAUGUUAGUACAUCUCUAAAGUCAAGUCCUGAUAUGCUUGAUAACCAACCUAAGAAAAGGCAUUCGCUGCCUAUUGAAAACGGAAAGCAGACCUUGUCACCGUGCACGCAAAGAUCACCAUCCCAAACUCAGCAGAUUCCAAAGAGCAAUGGAGUUCACCCUCGUAAUUCUGCUGAAAGAUGGCAAAGAUGAGGUGCAGAGGAGCUCAUGAUUGUAAAUUGGAUGUUACCCAUUCUUCCUGUGUUUCCUAUGCGUCAGAUUGUAUGUUACGCUGUGUGUUAUGUGUGUGUAGUUGGUCUGUUCGCAUUUUUGCAUGCAGUAUUUUGUUAUUGCAUAUGGUUUACAAAGAUUCAGAAUUUGUUUAAGAAUGGAUA